GCACCGGGCAGUCUCGGAAAGUGUCGUAAAUGCGCUGACAGAGCUAAACCAUUGAAGAAAAACUAGAAUUAGAAGAGGGUGCAACCUGUCUGCUGUUUGACUCGGCUGUUUUAUAUGAAGACAGCAUCUGUCAACAAUGGCAACAGUUGGAAAGGUGAUCACAUGCAAGGCAGCUGUUGCGUGGGAGCCCGGGAAGCCUCUUUGUAUUGAAGAAGUGGAGGUGGCACCACCUAAAGCUCAUGAAGUCCGAAUUAAGGUUGUUGCCACAGGUGUGUGCCACACAGACUGGGAAUACCUGUUUGAGACUGGAAAAGGGAUGAAAUUCAGACCAUUCCCUUUGGUACUUGGUCACGAGGCAGCUGGCAUAGUGGAGAGCACUGGCCCAGAAGUCACCAGAUUCUCCCCGGGGGACAAAGUUAUUCCUCUUUUUCUGCCAUACUGUGGGGAAUGUGAACGCUGUCUAAGUCCAAAAACAAAUCAUUGCAAGAAAAACUGGACAAAUAUGCAAGCUGGAAUUUUGGCUGAUGGGACUAGCAGGAUAUCUUGCAAGGGACAGCAGGUUUACCAGUUCCUUGGAGUCAGUUCUUUCUCUCAAUACACUGUGGUCCCCGACACCUCGGUUGCAAAGAUAAGAAGCGAUGCACCGCUAGACAAAGUCUGUCUGCUUGGAUGUGGUGUCUCCACGGGUUAUGGAGCUGCUAUUAAUGCAGGCAAGGUUGAAAAAGAUUCCUCGUGUGCCGUUUUUGGGCUUGGAGCUGUCGGGCUGGCUGCUGUCAUGGGUUGCAAAGUUGCCAUGGCGAGAAGGAUCAUCGGGGUUGACAUCAACCCUGACAAGUUUGAGAAAGCCCGACAGUUUGGAGCGACAGACUGCAUAAACCCAAGAGAUUACAGCAAGCCUAUCCAAGAGGUUGUGGUGGAGAAGACAGGUGGAGGUGUGGACUAUGCGCUAGAGUGUGUUGGAAGUCCAGCUAUCAUGAAUGCUGCAUUUGAGUCCACAAGAGAUGCCUGGGGUACUUGCGUCAUUGCUGGAUGGACAGAGACAGAAGUAAUGAGCAUUUCAGUUGAAAAGCUUCUCAUGGGACGUACCUUAAAGGGCACUUAUUUUGGAGGGUGGAAGAGUGUGAAGGAUGUGCCUAAACUGGUGGAUGACUACAUGAAUCACAAGUUGAAACUGGAUGAGUUUAUUACGGAGAAGCUCCCGCUGGUUCAAAUCAAUAAGGCCUUUGACCUUUUAAAAAGUGGUAAAAGCAUCCGCACUGUCGUCAGCCUUCAAGAUUCUUAAACAAAGGAUAAACCUUUAAUGUCUGCUCAUAAAAUGAAGUAUUCUGUCACUUUUAUAACAUUUUGCAUUGUUUUUGUCAUUUUUGUGUUAGUUUGACAAUUACAAUAUUUUCCAUGCUCGGCUUUGUAGGAAAUGACAUGCCACCAUCUGCCACUAGAUGGCAGUCGUGUAAAAGCUUUGAUGUUUAGGUCCACUAAAGGCAUCAUCUCAAUAAAAACAGGUUUUCAGUGUGCAAA